AUGUUUACAAAUCCCGAUGAAGAUCCGGACCGUAUAGUUUUGUGGAAACAUUUGUUUAUUAAAGUGAACAGUGUAUUGGCGGAAACGAAUAAAGUAAAUACUUAUCUAGCUGUUCUGGACAAGAAAAUUGACGACAUUUCCAAGAGGUGGACAACAAUUCUACGACGUAGUGAUGGCUCUGUAAAUUUUUAUCGCGACUGGGCAGAUUACAAAAAAGGUUUCGGUAAUUCCAAUCAAACUGAAUUUUUCAUUGGCCUAGAUAAACUACACGCAUUGACCACAUCUUCCCCCGUUGUCGAACUAAAAGUUAUUUUAAGAGAUUGGGAUGGCGUUGAACGUUAUGCCCUCUAUGACAGCUUCCAAAUUGGGAAUGAAACAGAAAACUAUGAAAUCAAAUUGCUGGGUAAAUAUAAUGGAACUGCUGGGGAUUGUUUGAGUUAUCAUAGGGGUAAACAAUUUUCUACCUACGAUAAGGAUAACAACGAUGGUACUAAUUGUGCCGCAGUUUUUAAAGGUGGUUGGUGGUAUCACAAGUGUUAUGAAAGUCAUCUAACUGGGCCAUAUAAACAACAUGAGAAUGCAAACUCAAUCGGUGUUAGUUGGAAUGAACCAGAAUGGAAGGGCAUGAGAUACUCUUUCAAAUUUGCCGAAAUGAAGAUACGGUCGAAAGCAACGAAUUGA